AUGGCGUCCCUCGCCACCCACUUCUCCGCCUUCCUCUUCCUCUUCCCCGUCGGCCUCCGGCGCCUCCUCUGCUCCUACUCCCUCUACCUCAAGAGCCCCUCCUCCUACAGAUCCAAGCCCUGGUACUUCGCGGAUCCCAGGUGGAAGAACCUCGACCUCUACGCCCUCCUCCUCGCCCUCCCCAUCGCCUCCUUCUCGGAGCUCUUCCUCUUCCUCACCUUCUCCGGCCACCCCACCUACCGCUUCGCCUUCUUCCAGCAGUCCGCCGCCGUCUUCCUCUUCUGGGCCCUCCUCGUCCUCGUGAUCCUGAAGGAGUACGUCGACGGCGCCGCGGUGGGCGAAGGGUACGUGUUUGUCGUCGCGGGUGUCGCGUUCUUGGUGGAGUAUUCGGUGAUCGGGAAGGGGGUUGGCGGUCUGGGCGAGCCCGUGUAUGAGCUGUUGGGGAAAUUGAGUCUGGUUUGUGCCGGUUCUUGCUUGUACUUGGGGGUGAGGCCAUCCGCGUUCUUUGCAGAGUACUUGUUGUCGUCUGGUCUGGUGCUCAAGGGGACUUGGGCUUUGCAAGCUGGGCUGAAUUUGGGUACUGAUAUGUUUGCCUUAAAGGGGUGUCACAAGUUGAGGGUUUCGACGGGACAGUGGGAUCUUGAUGUGAAAUGUGCUCUUGAGGAGGAUAGUCUGCGGGGCGUUGCGCUGAUGAAUCUGUUGUUUAUCGUGCAUGCCAUUGGGGUCGUCGUUGUCGGCUUCGGGCUGUUUGGGUUGUUGUCCUGUAAUCGGAAUUUGAGAUUCGGCGAUGCGAGUGGGCCAUUGCUGGCUCAGCUUGAAUCGGAGAGCAUGUUGAUGCGGCCGGGACCUGAAUUUGAGCUGGAAUGA